GGAAUGAUAAAUUUUGUACUCCUCAAGGUCUCGGUCCACUUCUUGAAUGCAGUCUACUAGGAUAUUUGUACAUAAUACUCUCAGGAGAGCCCAGGGCCUCCUUCUAUUAUCUGGUGUAUAAAGGAUUCGUCUUACCUGUACAUACUGUCCCUCAGCUCGACUUGACCCCUUUCCUUCAACGCCAGUCGGUGGAGGAGUCGUUCACAAUAAAGGCGUGUACUCAGGUCCUCCACAGGUGAAGACAGACAGGCAGAAAUUCCAGUUCAGACAUCAACGAUGAAGAAGUUUUGGUGUGGACUUCUGCUGUUUCUAUCGCUAGAAGGAACAUUGGUCAGUUUGACUACAGCGCAGGAUGACGACUGCGAAACCUUCAAAGCUGAUCUGGUAUUUGCUCUGGAUGUGUCCAGCAGCGUCGGCCAGGAUAAUUUUAACCUGAUGGUUACAUUUGUCAGGCGCAUCAUCGAGUCCUUGAGAGUUGACGAUGAUCACGUACGCGUCGGUCUACUGACGUUCUCAGAUGACGCAAACAUAGUGUUUCGCCUCGAGGAACACAUGACGUUGGCCGGAGUGCUGAAUCACAUGAAAAGCAUUCCCUUUCUGAAAGGCACCACCCACACUGAGAAAGCCUUGUCGUUGUUAAAAGAUGAAAUGUACAGCGGGAGUGGAAACCGGCCCGAUGUUGCGGACGUCGUGGUUGUAAUUACCGACGGAGAAUCGAGCCAACCGGAAGAAACACUGGCGGCACUGGAGAAUAUCAGGGGAGAAAAUUACACCAUCUUUGCCAUUGGAAUAGGUGAAGCCACAGUGGAAGAAAUAAACGCAAUUUCUAGCGACCCGGACUCCUUUUUUUCACGACAGAUUGCUGACUUCGACGUCCUUGAGAACAUGACUUCAACCUUUACAGAAGCAGUUUGUGAAUCAAUGAACCCCCGUGUUCCACCUCCUAAAGUUGCCAAGAACUGUGGUUUUUUCGUGGCUGACAUCGUAUUUGCGUUGGACUCUUCACGAAGCAUGACACCGGACGAUUUUAAUAAAAUGCUUAGCUUUGUCACGAGAAUCGUCGAAUCCGUGGACAUUGGAGAUAACGCCACGAGAAUUGGUUUGUUGAUAUUUUCCACUGUUGCCGAGUCGCAGAUUUUACUGUCCGCCUUCGAUUCCAAAGAUGACCUUAUAAACCGUAUUAAAGAGGUGAAAUACACCCCUGGGCUUACGUAUACUAAUUUGGCACUGGAACUUUUGCCAUUUGUUAUGUUCAACGACAGCGGCAACCGACCAGACGUGCAGGAUAUUGUCAUAUUGAUGUCAGAUGGUAAAUCCACAAACGAAACUGCUACUUUACAGGCGUUGACCAAUAUCAAGAAGGAGAAUUAUACAAUAUUCACUCUUGGUAUCAGUGACAGCGUAAACAAAGAUGAGCUGAACGCCAUCUCCAGUGAUCCAGACUCCACAUACUCCUUACAGGUUGACACCUUUGACGAUCUCAAGUCCAUUGUCGAUGCUUUUGCAUCUCAAGUCUGCGAAGAGGGAACUAAACCAGCAUGCGGCUUGCCUCAGGCCGACAUCAUCAUUGUACUGGAUUCAUCCGGAAGCAUCAAGGCGCAUAAUUUCGAGAAGGUCAAGGACUUUCUGUUCGAAAUCAUCAAGCAGUUCAAAGUAUCGCCGGAUGAAAUAAGGGUCGGAUUACUCAGUUUCGCCACGAAUACAAACGUGGAGUUUUACUUGGAUACCUACACAUCUAAAGCGGAGAUCCUCACCGCCAUUAUGAAUGUUCGAUAUACAAAAGGCAAAACGUACACUGACAAGGCGUUGAAGAGGCUCAGGCAAGAAAUGCUUCAGGGCCAUGGCAACAGAGAAGAUGUCAAGGACGUCGUCAUUUUCUUGUCCGAUGGUAGAUCUACCGAACGCAGCGCCACCGCCCGGGAGGUUAUGGAACUGAGGAAGACCAACUACACUGUGUUCGCCAUAGGCAUCGGAGAAAAUGUCGACGUGGACGAAUUGAACUCGAUCUCCAGCGAUCCGGACGAAUUUUUCACAUCUCUGGUGGACGAUUUCGAUGCAUUGACUGAUAUUGAGAGUGUUUUUGGCGAGAAAGCUUGUAACGCUUCCGAUCCUGAGUUUAUUCCACCAGAAGCUAACAUGACCUCUAUGUGCGUCACGCCUGCCGACGUGGUCAUCGUCAUGGACGCUUCAAGUAGCAUAGGGCCCUCGGAGUACAUCAAAAUGAAAUCAUUCGUCAAACAGUUGAUUGGAAGUUUUGAGAUUGGUCCUGAUGACAUUAGAUUAGGUCUGGUCGUGUUCAACAGUCACGCUUACAUCGAGAUCUAUCUGGACACACCACAAGUGAAGGAGCAGUUAGUGGCGGCCGUGGACAAUGUACAUGCAGUGUCUCGAGGAACAUACACCCAUCUCGCUUUAAAUGCCUCACGAGAAGGAGUUUUGCAACAGUCACGAGGAAAUCGACCUGAUGUACAAGACAUUGUUAUCGUUCUCACGGACGGAAAGUCCACCCAGUUUUCUAAGACAGACGCAGAGGCCAAAAAGUUACGAGACAUGGGCGUAACAGUGUUAGCUCUGGGAAUUGGAAAUGGCGCUGAUGAGGCCGAGUUGAAAGCCAUUGCUAGCGAUCCUGACGAAACAUUUGUGCAACGCGCAGCAGACUUUGACGCUCUGUCCACAGUUUUAGCUCAGCUUGUAGAGGUAACCUGUAAGGCUGUGGAGACAACAAUAGACCCCCCUCUUGCUAAAGCAUGCGGUCCAUUCGGAGAUUUAGUUAUAAUGGUCGACAUCUCUACAAGUAUCGGUACCACCAGAAUUGGCAAAGUCAAGGAGGCCAUUAAAGAAAUAAUCGACGAACUUGAAAUAGACGAGGACAAAAUACGAGUAGCCCUGCUGACCUUUGACCUCCUGCCAAAAGUAUUGUUGUCGCUUGAGGACGGAGACAGCAAAGAUGACGUCUUGGACGCCAUUGACGCCAUCUCACAGCCAGGGUACGGAUCCUGGGCAGAUCGAGCGUUCCACACCGUUCGAACGGAGAUCUUGCAACAGAGAGCCGGGGAACGCCCGAAUGCCAAGGACGUUAUCUUGUUGUUCAGCGACGGCGUGUCACGUAAUGCGGAGCUGACCAUUUUGGAGGCGGAAAAGUUAAAGGAAAACGGCGCUAAGGUGAUCACCGUGGGGACUGAAGGGUACAACAAGAACGCCCUCCGAGCCGUCUCCUCUGCUCCCUCAGACGAUUUCUCUUUCACGGUGGAGAACUUCGACGGCAUCGAUCGCAUUAAAGAUCUUCUAGAGGACAAGAGCUGUGAUAGCUCGGUUCAGUGUGGAGUAGAGGCUGACAUAGUCGUCAUCAUGGAUGCUUCCACCAGUAUAUCCAAGGAAGAGUUCAGGGAAAUGAAGGACUUCGUCAAGCAUUUGCUCUCUGGAUUCGAAAUCGGCCCUGAUCACGUGCGCGUCGGAAUGGCAACCUACAACUACGACGCUGUCAUGGAAUUCCAUCUGAACUCUUUCUCCACCAAAAACCAGGUUCUCCAAGCGGUUGAUGCUGUAUCAGGACAAGGGGCCGACACUCGGACGGAUAAAGCUCUGAAACUUGUUCGGGAAGUCAUGUUUACGGAAGACAACGGAAACAGACCGAACGUUCCGGACAUCGCCAUUAUCGUCACGGAUGGCAGAUCACGUGAUCGAGAGGAAACAAUUGAAGAAGCCAUUAAAAUGCACAAGGAUGGAAUCACAGUGUUCGCAAUUGGAGUCGGGAGUCGAAUUUCGGAGACAGAGCUCUACGCCAUAGCAAGCUCACCCCCUGACCAGUUCGUGUUUGAGGUUAAAGAUUUCCAGGGUCUUUCUGCCAUCGAGACCACACUCCAGAGGAAGACGUGCGGUGUGCCGUCAUCCGUCCAUCCCGAUGGAAUGAAGCUACAAGCGGAUAUUAUGUUCGUCUUUGAUUGUUCGGAUCAGGUCCUGGAGCUGAACUUUGCUUGGGGGUUAGAAUUUGCCUCCCAGAUCGUCAAAUCUGUCAGGGUUGGAAACAAAUGGGCAAGAUUCGGAGCCAUCAAAUACAGCACAGAUGCUGUCCUAGAAAUGACAUUGGACAGCUAUUCAACUCGUGCCGAUAUUUUAACGGCCAUUGAUCAGGUCGAGAGGUCAGGAUGGGAGUCCAGGGUUGAGAAGUCUUUGCGCCUCCUCAGAACUCUGGCGUUCAAGGACUGUUUGGGAGGCAGACCGAACGUACCACACAUCGCCAUCGUCUUCACUUCCGGUGCCUUCACGCACAUCGAUGCCGCCAAAUACGAAGCCAUGUUAGCCAUAAACACGGGUAUGAAGAUAUUCUCCGUUGGAAUAGGACGCCAGGUGGACAAAUUCCAGUUGGAAAUGCUCACCAGCAGCCCAUACAGCAAUUCGGUGUUUGUCGGGGAAUCCAGGGAAGAGCUUCACAACAUACGCGCUCAGCUGUUACACGAGCUUGAUUCAGUUCUAAAUAUUUGUUACUAAUUUGAUGACAACUGAUGCGACGUGGCCAUGACCAACACUGUGAAGUGGACGGGAAGAUCAAAAUACAUGAGCUAAUUUUCUAAUACACAGUUCGAGAUAUAUAUUUUUUACCAUUUACAUACAGUUUCUCCUUAACACACACAUUUUUGCCAAAUGGCAACCAUGUAUUCAUUUGUCAUAUAAUUGAAAAAUAUUUUUUUUAUUCUUGGAAAGCUUUAUUUGACCGUUCUUUAUGAAUAAAUUUUAUGUCAGAAAAUGUA